AUGGAUCCGUCGUCGCGAUGUGUUCUGCCUUCGGAAUGUGAACGAAAGUGCAAUGAUCCACUCAAGGAGUUCAUCGUCUGUGGCUCCUCGUGCCCUGUAGGCUGCGACAAUCGACGUCCACAAAGCUGUACACCUUGCGAAUCUGGGUGCUUCUGUAAAAACGGCCUGGUGUUCCUGAAUUCAACAGAUUGGAGAAACUCCGACUGUGUGCGGUUCGACGAAUGUCCUGACUUCACUCAGGAAAAGUCUGAACAGACAACAGUGGAGUCGAUUACGACAAUGUCCGAGUCAGCCAACACAGACGAAAAAGGACUAAUAAUAUCAAACUUUUCUGGAAUCGCUGUUGUUACAGAGGUCUCUACAGUUUGCCCUGCCGUGACAUUAGAUGUUGGUGGAAGGUCCUGCGCGACUGAUGCUGAUUGUCCAGAUGAACAGCGUUGUUGUCGUCCGGUGAUUUUAUCAUUGGCAGUAAAUCCCCAGCGAUGCACCUGUCCCGAUCCAAACGCGAUCUGGACGGCUUGUGGUAGCCUUUGCCCGGAAUACUGUGGGCAACCGGGAGUUCCGCAUUGCUCGUCUACCUGCAAUCCUGGUUGUCACUGUGCUCCCGGCUAUGUGAAAAGCAGAAACGACGUCACAGCUCCAUGUGUUCCACAAACUCAGUGUGAAAACAUUACCAGUGCCAUCACUAAUAGUGACGAACCCCGCGCAACGAUGAAGGAGAUUCCGGUCACACCCAAGGAUCCGUUCUCGGAUCAGCAGGUAAGGUCCAAAAAUUUCUUUAGUCCUCACAGGAGGGAGGGGUGA